AACCCGGAAGUUCUUGAGCUGUGCCUGCUGUUGUUGACAAUGCUUACCGAUAACUGUAAUACAGACUGUUAACCGUUUGAUAGAUGAUCGUGUCUUAAAUACAUUUUUAGCCCAUCUGUGCAGUCAUGUUAACUUAGUUUUAACUGAACGUAGUGUUGUCUGUUUGUCAUUCUUGUCGCUGCUCACGGUGCUGACUUUGAGACGUGGUUAGCACAUGAAGCUAACCUUUAAUGGUGAAGCGAAUAAAGACGACAUGGGAAGGAAAUGAAGGUUCAACAAAUACAAAGUAGAAAAUAAACUUUUGAGGAUUUAGCGCAUAUUGGUGUUUGCAACUGGUUAAGACCAAACCAAAGAAGAUGGCAGUGGAGCUGGAUGUUUUCGUGGGUAAUACUACUAUCAUGGAUGAAGAGGUUUACCAGCUAUGGUUGGAUGGAUACACAGUGAAUGAUGCUGUGAAGGUACGAAUGGAAGGAGGCGUGAUGGAGGAGUGUGAGGCAAGCGCAGAUGUUCUGCUGAGCGACACUAUGGACCAGUACAGGACUUUCCAGAUGUGUGAGCGUUUGCUGCACAGUCCAGCAAAACUAGCCAAUCAACUGCUGUUCCAGAUCACACCUCACCGACAAGCCGUUCUCAUAGAGAGAUACUAUGCCUUUGAUGACGCAUUUGUCCGCGAGGUCCUGGGAAAGAAACUCUCCAAAGGAACCAAGAAAGACUUGGACGAUAUCAGUGCCAAGACAAGUGUGACACUGAAGAGCUGCAGACGGCAGUUCGACAACUUCAAACGUGUUUUCAAAGUUGUGGAAGAGCUGAAGGGACCCCUGGUGGAGAACAUACGACAGCAUUUUCUUCUCUCUGACAAGCUUGGGAGGGAUUAUGCUGCCAUUGUUUUCUUUGCCAACAAUCGCUUUGAGACGGGGAAAAGAAAGCUGCAAUAUCUCACUUUCCAGGACUUUGCGUUCUGUGCUGGACAGCUUAUCAACAACUGGACUGUGGGGGCUGUUGAUCACAUGGUGGAGGACAUGGAUGUGGAUCUAGAUAAAGAGUUUUUACAGGAGCUGAAAGAGCUGAAGAUUUUAAUCACUGACAAAGAUCUGUUGGAUCAACACAAAAGUCUGGUCUGUACAGCUCUCAGAGGGAAAACUAAAGCUUUUAAUGAGAUGGAGGCUAAUUUCAAGAAUCUUUCCAGAGGGCUUGUCAACAUCGCCGCUAAGUUAACAAACACAAAAGAUGUCCGUGAUUUCUUCAUCGAUCUGGUGGAGAAGUUUAUUGAGCCGUGUCGUUCAGACCGAUGGACAGCUGCGGACAUGAGGCUCUACCUAACCCACUACACUAACUCUGCUCACAUACUCGACACUUUCAAACAUCAGGUUGUGUGGGACAGAUACAUGGGCGUCAUCAAAAGCUGUAUCUUCAAAAUGUAUCACGACUGAAGCAUUUUUUUUCUGAGCGGCGCACUCCUCUCUUCUUCCAACUCUUCCCUUGUUUUUUUCCCUGUCCGUUCCCGUGCUGAAGCCGUUAUCUUAGCCCUUCAGUUUGUGCUUUCCUUGAUUCGUUUGUACAGCAGUAAUUCAUUCUGCUUUUCAACCUCCAUUAUUGUUUUCAGCCACUCUGUUUGCAGCCUUGUGUCCCCACAGUGUCUGUGUAUUUGGGUUGUAAAUAAAAUGAUCAUGUUUUCAUCAAA